AUGCUCAUCUAUGGAUUAAUGCCGACUACACUGCGAAACAGCAAAAGCUCCAGACUAAGGAUCUGCAAGGUGUCCUACGUAUACUUGACCUACAGUUUUUGUAUCACGGUGUGUCUGUUUCUGCAGUUUCGGUAUAUGUUUCCGCCAGACUUCUUCGAGGGCUACAUGAAGAACAAUAUAAUACUACAGUGGAAUAUGAUUGUGAAUGCCGGACUCCGAGUUCUUGUCAUCGGCAGCUGCUAUAGUCUUGUCUGGCUGCGUCGACAGCGGUUGGUUCGACUUUACCUGGAAUUUCUGUUAUACUGGCGAAUGCAUUGGCGCAUUCUCAGACGGAUUGUCGGCGAUCAGGCUCUUGACAACAUGCAACUCCAGCUGGCGAAUAUCUUCUUGCGACAAAUUUAUGUGAACUAUGCAAUGUUGUGUUGCUCCAUCGUCAUACAAUGUAAACUACUUGGCGGAAAGAAUAUUCUCCAGAUGCUUGUGAAGACAUUUCAAAUGCUGAUGUUGACAGCGAUUCGUCUGGGCUUCAGUUCGCUGCUCCUGCUGCUCACACAUCAGUUUGAGAGCGUGCAGUUAGCUCUGCUCGCGAUUCGCCAACGAGUAGGAUCCCGCAGUCUGGAAGAUUUGCGUCGAAUUGCCAACAUUCACACCAAGUGGCUGCAGCUGGCUCGAAAUGCAUUUGGCAUCUAUGAUUUGAACAUGGCUACCGUCUUUGUUAUCAUGUUUGCCGUCAAUGUCAAUAUACUCUAUCACGCAGUCCAGUAUGGUCAAGACACAAACAAGUCAGAUUUGGGUGGCAUUAUUAUUGGUGAUGUUCUCAUCGUAACCAAUCUAUGGAAUACCGCAUUGGUGAUGAAUCUAAUAGAGCACACGUCUAAUUCUUGCAAUAACGCCGGGCAAAUAUUAAGGCAGUUUACAGACGAUCGUCGGCUCAGUCCAGACUCACAGAUUGAGUUGGAACUACUUAUGAAUCGCAUACGAAACAAUAAGCUUGUCUUUCGAAUUUGCGGCUGUGUAGACAUGGACAGAGCUGCCUUCUUGAGCUAUAUGUCAUCUGUGCUGAAUAAAGUUAUCAUUCUCAUGCAAUUCGAUUUAAACCAUAAGCAAGAGCUCACUUUACAACACCUCAAUCAUAAAACCUAA